CCUAUUACAAUUGAAAAUAGUAAACAAAUGCAUUGAGGUUAAAUUUUUCUGUAAAAAAUAAAUAUUAAAUCUUUAACAUGGACUUAUCUGAAGCUGAAAAAGAUUACUUUGUUAACUACGAGGAACUAGAAGUUCAUCGGUUAAUGCUUGAAGAUAUACCAAGGACAGAAGCUUACAGAAAGGCCAUAUUUGAGAAUGAAGUGUAUUUCAAGGAUAAAGUGGUUAUGGAUGUGGGAUGUGGUACAGGUAUUCUAUCACUAUUUUGUGCUCAAGCAGGCGCGAAGAAAGUAUAUGCCGUCGAAGCUAGUAACUUAGCGAAUGUAGCCGAGGAAGUAGUGUUGGAAAACAAUUUCAAACAUGUAAUCGAGGUAUUACACAGCAGAGUUGAGGACGUUAAACUACCUGAUGGCAUAAAAGUUGACAUUAUAAUAUCUGAAUGGAUGGGUUUCUAUUUACUGCAUGAGGGCAUGCUAAAUUCAGUUCUGGAGGCCAGAGACAAGUUUCUAAAAGAAGGAGGCGAGAUGUUUCCUGAUUUUGCUACUAUACAUGUGGCACCAUGUAGUUUACCAACAUAUAAUGAGAAAUGGGUGAAAUUUUGUGGAGUAUCCUUGAAUUCAUUUGCCAAACAUCUUCGGGAAGCUAAAACAAAACCUGAAAUAAUGCAAGUAUGUCCUGAUGAUCUACUGGCGCCUAGUAAAGUUGUGGCAGCAUUAGACCUAAAAAAAGUCAAAAUAUCAGAUGUAGAUGAAUUUAGCACUGAACAUGUAGUUGGAGCAAGCAGAAACGGUAACUUCCAAGGAGUGUGCAUAUGGUUUGAAUGCACGUUUCCACAAUUAACAGAUAAGGAUCAAGUCACAUUAAGCACAGAGCCAUCUUGUGCAUUAACACAUUGGAAACAGACAGUUAUAUUUUUACCUGAAAGCAUAGAGGUGGAAAAAGAAGAACCAAUAGCUUAUAAACUUGAUAUGGUUAGGGACAGUGAGAGCCAUAGAAGAUAUAAAUUGGAGCUGACAUUACUGGAUCCUACCGAUGUGGAACACCCAAUGGGAUGCUCGUGCUAUCAGACAAAGUGUAUUCUGGUCAGAGCGGUGAUGGCAGAACAGUCGGUGUUGAUGGAUGAAGACAUUGUCAGUGAUGACGAGGGCAGUGAUUAGUUACAAGUACAUGUUAUUAUUAUAUAUUUUAUUAAGAAAUGACAGUUGCUUCAAGUUUUACAUGUUUUGAACGUUAUAUAAAAUUUUUAUAUUA